GCUAGAAAACUGUCUGCGCAUCGAAGAGGCAGAGAUCGGAAGAAACUGAUUUAGCAAACAGCCAUGGCCAGAUACGAUAGAGCGAUCACCGUGUUCUCGCCGGACGGCCAUCUUUUCCAGGUCGAGUACGCCUUGGAAGCCGUACGAAAGGGUAACGCCGCCGUUGGGGUUCGAGGUACGGACACUGUCGUCCUCGGCGUCGAGAAGAAGUCCACCCCUAAACUACAGGAUUCCAGAUCUGUAAGAAAGAUUGUGAACCUAGAUGAUCACAUUGCAUUAGCUUGUGCUGGACUCAAAGCAGAUGCACGCGUUCUUGUAAAUCGGGCACGCAUCGAGUGCCAGAGUCACAGGCUCACUGUGGAAGAUCCUGUAACUGUUGAGUACAUAACUCGCUAUAUUGCUGGACUUCAGCAGAAGUACACUCAAAGUGGGGGUGUGAGACCAUUUGGUCUUUCCACCUUGAUCAUUGGUUUUGAUCCAUACACUGGUGUCCCAUCUCUUUAUCAGACAGACCCAUCAGGGACUUUUUCAGCAUGGAAGGCCAAUGCAACUGGGAGGAACUCCAACUCGAUUCGAGAGUUUCUGGAGAAGAACUACAAGGAGACCUCUGGCCAGGAAACUGUAAAGCUCGCCAUUCGUGCUUUGCUUGAAGUGGUCGAGAGUGGUGGAAGGAACAUAGAAGUAGCUGUGAUGACAAAGGAGCAUGGACUUAAGCAACUAGAGGAAGCAGAAAUCGAUGCCAUUGUAGCCGAGAUUGAGGCUGAGAAAGCUGCUGCCGAAGCUGCCAAGAAGGGUCCGGCAAGGGAAACCUAGUUAUUUCCUAUCCCUUUUUAAGUUAAACACACACCUUGUUUAGAGAUUUGUGGUUUGCUUGAAUUGCUUGUUGUCUUUCAUAAUGUUUAUUUUGAUGAGGUGAUGAACGUUUUGCAUGGUAUGAAGCUUAAUUUGCCCUCAUUUUAACUGGAGCCUAGAGACCAGAGUAUAGAUUCAACUUUAAUGAGAUGAUAUUUAACUAUGUUUUCAAAAAAGAUGUUUUUUUUCCCAACUGAUUUCUUCUAGAAAUGCUUACCAAAUGUCAGCAUGAAAAGUAAAUAAGAAUUGAAAAU